UUUUAGUCAGUAAUCGGUGCUAAAUAUCGAGUCAUUGUGUAUACGUCUAUUUCUAUAUCGAGUAAAAAAAAAUCACCCGCGCGGUUUAAAAGAAGAGGAAAAUAGGGGCGAAAUGCCGCAGGAAAUAAGAGUUGUACAAUGCUUUGAAUGCAAAAUCUACCAGGUCGACUUGGUAAAAAAGGCAAAAAAAUGGACGUGCAAAGUCUGUAAUGCCAAGCAGAAUUUACAGCAUGAGCUAUUCCGCGGAAGUGGGCCAGAAUGUCGUGCGCGCGUGCAGGAGCUAAAUAAGCAACGUGAGAUGAAUGCACUCAAUAAUGAUAAUUUUGCGUUAGAAGUCAUGGAAAAUCUUGAUGUAGCGAUGUCUUUAGAGCAGCAACCAAAGUCAAGCAAACUUGAAAGCAAUACCCUUGUCAGUAAAUGGUCGAAUUUCGUUGACGAAAGGAGUGAAAAAUCAGCCACUCUGAUAAGUAGCGAUAAACAUAAACAAGAAAUGGAUAACCUAUUUUGCUUUCAAAACACCCAAAAGUGGGCAGCGUCGAAAUCUGACCCAUCAACAAGAAACACAAUGCGUUCCUCACUAGAAAAUUGUGUUAACGAAAGCAAAUGGGACGCAUAUAUAUGAAGUCUAAAAUGAAAGGGCGAAUACUAGAGAAUUCAUUCGACUAACCUUAAAUAUUUGGAACAUUUGCCAUCGUUUUAAAUAUACACACCAUAUUUUAAUAUGUUAUGAUGAAUAUA